CGUUGCUAUGGAGAUGCGGCGCUAGUGGCGCAGCGGGAGCUGCGGAGAGUAGCUCUGUGAAUAGCCUGCGGUGUCGCUGCUGAAAGAAGGGUCACACACGUGAAGUGGAUUUUUCUGCUCAUUCUGAACCUUUUUUUUUCCUGCACCAUGAACGCAAAGAACCCAUUAUCCCAAAAUGGUUUAGUUCGGCCGCACGUCCAUUACUCCUUUUUGGAAACGGCAUCUGAAGGAUUGUCACAGAGUGACUCUGAUUCUGAAAGCCUUGCUCAGGAGAUUCAGUAUCAGCUUGAACUUCAGAAGCGGAUCCACAAAAGUGAAGAGCUGGUGGGCCAGUCUGGCGAUGAGCUGGAAGAAGACAGCUUAGAAAACAGCUUAGAUGAAGACAGCCUGGAGGAAAAAUGUCUGAGUGGAGGUGAAGAAGUCUCUGAUGGAGAAGAAACACAAGUUCCAAGCAGAAACGGUUCUGGAAAGGAAAACUGCAGCCAUGCAAGUAACGAAAAGGAAACGGUGGACAGGUAUUCAGAGCUGAGAUAUAAUCCCAACUGGAAGAAGGAUAAAAAGGCAGCAGGCUUUGUCGAAUUAGAUGGCUCUCCCCCAGAGGAAGACGAAGACUUGCCCGUUCUCUCCCUCGAUUCAAAUGGCAGCCCUUCCCAGUUCAGAUUCAUAUACAGGCAUCGUCAGCACCAGGAAAGACCACAAAACAGACCACCUGUGCUUGACAGGGAGCUCUUGAACUCUUGCGAUCAGCCUGCAAAGGUCAGCAAUGGAUCUUGUGGUUUGUAUAACAAGGAACAGGAAGUUGUCGUUCUUUGCCAUUAUAACAGCUGUUCCAGUAUACACAGCGACAGUUCUUCUACUCAGAUGAAAGAGUUUAAACCGAGGCCUGAGAAGGACUUCGUAGAAAAGAACAAGCUCACUUUAGGACUGGCGAUCCAAGAGAACAAUUCUUAUCUUCAGCGCCAUGGUAAAAAGCAAAGGGAAGACCAUGAAGGAGAGGCUCACCCAUACCAAUGGCCCGAGACGGGCAGAACAGACCCAAGCCAAGCUGCACCCCUGAAAGAAAGCCCUCUCCAGCACCCAUUGGGAGCCCAAGUAGAACCAAGAAGCCAGUAUGGUAGAUGUCACAAUCUGUUAGAAUUUGAGAAUGCUUGCGCAGAUUCCAGCUCUUAUAAAGAAGUGCCUGAUUCGGAGCAGGACACCAGACGAUUGUUGCAUCACAGGUUGCAUCCAAAUCCACUUGCCGCUCCUUCAGCUGCCAAGAGAUCUGGUCAGGACAGCCCGUUCUCUCCAGACUCGGCCCAUGUUAUUCAUCAGGAUGGCAAGCAAAAUUCCAUGAAUUUGACCUUUGCUAGGCAUCCUCUUCAGCAGAGCUCCUACCAGAACUUCACAGGGUUUCAUUCACCAUGUACUGGUGAAAAGAAGAAGAAAUACCAAUGUGAUCCUGAAAACGCUCCUGGGUCUCACCACCAGUAUCCCUAUAGGUGUACAGUUUCAGAGCCUCGGUCUAUCGCCAGACAUGGCAAGUGUUGGAACCUCGUAGGGCACAAGAGCUUUUCGGAUGUCUACAAUGCUGGUCUUCAGCAGCCUGUAAACAGAGAAGUUUUGUCUUGGAACCCCAGACAGAUUUAUACAAAGAAGACCCUCGGCAGCUAUGUUUCUGGUAACUCAGAGCCAUCCCAGCCAUCUGCUCACACCCCGGUAAGAGCCCUUUCCCCAGCCACCCGGCUCAUCCAGGCGGCAGAGUGGCAUCACCGAGAAAUCUCUCAGCUGGCAGAUGAUCACCUCACUGUGAGCCAGUUCAGGGCCAUGUUUCCUCCCAUUAUACAGAGGGGAGAGAGCGACUCGCAACUCAACAUGGAGAGCUGUGAACAGACCCGCCAGCCCAUUCUGAGCCGCAGCAAUUCCGAAGGCUACUUGAUCCAGAUGGAAAAGCAGAAGGAGAGGAAGGAGAACAGGAAGGGUUCCAGGACAAAAGGCUACAUGAAGAUGGACCUCAAGCUUGGAGGCCUUGGACCUGACUAUGAAACCAUCAAAGAGAAAACCGAAAAGAUGAAGCAACAGAAGGAAUAUGCCAAGCAGGUUAAGGAACACAACAUGAAGAACAUCUCGAGCGCUCGGAAACCUCAGCCGAGGCACGACAACAAAUCGGCCCUGUCGAGGCAGAAGGCCCUAGAGUACGCCAAGACCAUCCCCAAGCCCAAGCUUUAUGUGUCGAGGCCGUCGGAACAAGAGCCCAAGGACGAAAAGAAUCUGGCGCGCACCUUAAAUGGAGAGAACCUUCCUCCCAUUUCAUCUCUCGAAUCCCUGCAGAACAGGCACGAAAAGGAGAAGCAAGUUGUCGCAGCUUUCAAAACCCUUCAUAUUGUAUGAGACUGAGCCCAAAGUCACAGGGACUGCAGGCCUUCCAAGGCAGCAGAGAACUGGACUGUUUUGCUCUGCUCUUGCCUUUUGAUGGUUGCCCCGGAUGCCUAAGGACUGGCAUUGAAUUAUGAGUUUCUGCUAUCGCAAAAUGAACUUUGAAGAUGUGAAGUAUUUUUCUCUCCUUAUUCACCCUCCCUCCCUUAUUUUUAUUUUUUUUAAAUGUCAGAUUUUAUUGUUGCUAAUUAAAAAGUUGGAUAGGUAA